AUGAGUACCGAAACAUCAGAAAGAAAGCCCCAUGCAGUUUGUGUACCUUUUCCGGCACAAGGGCAUGUAACCCCCAUGAUGAAACUAGCCCAACUUCUGCACUCAAUAGGCUUCUUCAUCACCUAUGUCAACACAGAAUUCAACCACAAACGCUUGGUCCGGUCUAGAGGACCAGAGUACGUCGAGGGCUAUGUCGGUUUCCAGUUCAAGACAAUUCCAGACGGGCUUCCGCCAUCCGAUCGUGAUGCGACUCAAGACCCUGUGGCGCUCUGCGCUUCACUCCGAACAAAUUGUUUGGGGCCGUUUCGGGCUUUAUUGACCGAGCUCAAUUCAUCAGCAGGAAUGCCUCAGGUUUCGUAUGUGGUUUCUGAUGGAGUCAUGGGCUUCGGGAGAGAAGCUGCAGAAGAAUUGGGGAUUCCGGAGGUUCAGUUUUGGACUGCCUCAGCUUGUGGACUCAUGGGAUAUCUUCAAUACCCUGAACUUAUCGAAAAAGGAAUUGUCCCAUUCAAAGAUGAGAGUUUCACAAGUGAUGGCUCCCUUGAUACACGAAUAGAUUGGAUCCCAGGCAUGAGAAACAUCCGACUGAAGGACAUCCCAUCCUUCAUCAGAACCACAGAUCCUGAAGACAUCUUGCUCAAUUACUUAAAAGAGGAAGCGCAAAAUUGCUUAAAAUCAUCUGCAAUCAUCUUCAACACUUUCGACGCAUUGGAGGAUGAAGUGUUGCAAGCUAUCUCUUCGAAGUUCCCUCACAUUUACACUCUGGGGCCAGUAUCCUUGUUAGCAUGGAAUGUCAUCGGUGACAAAGCCAAGUUGCUAAAUUCAAGUUUAUGGAAGGAAGACAGAGAAUGUCUCAAAUGGCUGGAUCAAAGAGAAUCAAAGUCAGUUGUGUACGUAAACUAUGGAUGCUUGACUGUAAUGACGGAUCAGCAUCUGAAGGAAUUUGCAUGGGGGCUUGCAAAUAGCAAGCGGCCAUUUCUGUGGAUUGUUCGACCAGAUGUUGUAAUGGGUGAUUCUGCAAUAUUGCCCCAAGGCUUUCUUGAGGAGACUAAAGAUCGAGGAAUGGUAGCAAGUUGGUGCCCACAGGUACAAGUGCUUUCCCACCCAUCAAUUGGUGUUUUUCUAACACACUGUGGCUGGAACUCUACAUUGGAAAGCAUAUGUGGAGGAGUACCCAUGAUGUGCUGGCCUUUCUUUGCCGAGCAACAGACGAAUUGUCGAUAUAUUUGCACCGAGUGGGGGGUUGGAAUGGAGUUUAAUGAGGAUGUGAAGCGCGGAGAAAUUGAAGAAUUUGUUAAUGAAAUGAUGGAAGGCAACAAAGGGAAACAAAUGAGGAGAAAGGCUCUGGAAUGGAAGAAGAAAGCAGACGAGGCCACAGCUGUUGGAGGUUCAUCUUACAAGAACUUUGAUAGGUUCAUCAAAGAAGCUCUUCAUUAUAGUGAGUAGUGAAGGUUUACUAGUUUAGUGCUCGAAGCCCUUGUCGAAUGCUUAUUGACACCACACCUCAGCACUACCUAUUUUGCAAUGAAAGCCUGCUUCAAUACACACUUGUGUGUAAUAUUUUACUUACUAUAAUUUUUAUACCGGUUCUACCAAGUAUUUUA